UUCUCAUUCAGUGAGUAGGCUGGUUUCGUGUGGGCUGUGGAGAUGCAUUUAUAAUGCCCUCUGUUUUUUUUUUUGUAGUCUUGCCAAUCCCAUGUAAAAACUCUCGCCCCCGGGGGUCAUAUAGCCUAUAGGGUAUAAACGUCUAGUUAUUGCUAUUUGUCCGGCAAAAAUCGUGACACGUGGAUUUGACAGUGCGGCAGCUGUCACCAUUUCAUUUCAAUAGUUCUCCCGCUCAUUUGUAACGACAGGAGCUGAAAUUCCAAUCGAUCACGGGCGUAUUUUAUCACCGAAAGCCACCCCCCACCCACUUCGACAGAAAGGGGAGACGGGGAGUUUUUUUUUUUCCUGAGCCAAAUACCGAAGUGGGCAGCACGUGCUGUUCAUAAUACACUCAAGCAACAUCUCCCUCCAGGCAUUUUUUUUUUUUCCAUUUUUGUUUUUCUUUUCAGUAGCACAAAUUUAUUCCGAUUCAUUUUAAUAGCCGACCCGCCGGUUGAUUCGUGCAUUAGUUUACAACAAGAGGAUUCCCCCCUUUCAAACUUUUGCACCAGGACGUCCGGUGGCUGGCGGUGUGGUCGGUUGGUGUGCAGGCGGGUAGGGCAGGAUAGGCUCCAGGCUGACCGUGUGUGUAAGUACAGUAGACUAGAAGCUGCUGCAAGAGAGAUUACUAUUUUGGUACAAAGUCACAAUGAGUGCACGCGGUGAAGAAGCCGGGGAGAGUUCAGGGACCGGGACCCAGGAGCCGGAGCCUGCGGCGGCUGCAGAGGCUCCGGCCAAGCGCAGACCGGGCAGACCGAGGAAGCCUGUUAAGGAACCUACUGGAGAGCCCGUCCCUAAACGACCAAGGGGUCGUCCCAGAGGCAGCAAGAACAAAUGCCCCUCCAAGGCAGCUGCCAGGAAAGCCCUGGCCUCUGGAGAGAAGAGACCGAGAGGCAGACCCAGGAAAUGGCCAAAGCAGGUGGUCCAAAAGCCAACUCAGGAAGAAGGAGGAGAAGAAGAAGAAGAAGAAGAAGAAGAGGAAGGGGAGGAGUCUGGAGAGGAGGAUUAAAGAACAACAAUCAUUUGACCUCUACUUCCUUGUAAACAGUUCUUCCUCCUGGGGAACCACUGCCUUUCACCACUUACUAAGGACGUUGAUCCAUGACCUCUGACCUCUGUCUACUCUCAUAUCAUACUGUUUUCAUUUAAUACUUUUGUUUGUGUUUAUUUUAUUAUUUUUUGUUUUUUUUAUUUGUUUGUUGUUGAUUCUGAGAUGAACACACGUUAAUAAUCCUCAGAACAUGAGCCGCAAAAAAAAAAAAAAAAAACACGAGAAAACACUAAAUAUGACAAACAAAGAUUCGCUGUACCUCUUUACAACAACAGUGAUGUUUUAUCUGUUGUUAUUAAGACCAGAGGUUCUGGGGGUUUUGUACCGUUGCAGUUUCUACUCCCCUCCUCCCCCUGUCGUUGUCGACUGAUUCUCCAGGCUGUCUUUCUUUGAGGGAGAGAUAGAUACUAGGGGGGGGGGGGGGGGAGUAUGUUAUUGUCAUUCACAAAUUGCGACCAUAUGGCUGCUGUUUCAGUACAGAGGUCUAGAACACACACACAGACCCCCCCUCCCCUCCCCGAGUCGGACCACCAAACGCAGGGAGACAGACUACUCUCUCUUCAAGUCAGGUUAUUUUAAUCUAUCAUGUUUUUAAUCUAGCGUGGAUUUGCCUUUUUCAUAACAAAUUGGCUGCUUUAACUUGCUAAAAUCACACCUUUUUAAUGGAUGAAUUCCUCAGUUGAGGUUGUUGGCAGGUAUGUCGUUUUUUCAUCAUAUCUGUUUUACUGGAGAACCUUUUUCACCUGCUUUUGCUUCUUCAUUUUAUAUUGUGAUAAUUAUCAUUUUAUAUUGUGAUAAUUAUCAUUUUAUAUUGUGAUAA